AAUAAUUCUACGAUUAAUAAAUAAAUAUCGAGCUUAGUCAGACCGAUAGAAUAUAAUUCGUAUUAGCAUUGCAAUUCACUCGCUCAAAAUUAAGCUUGCUUUUAGGAAUCAAUUUAAAAACAAUGACACUAGGCGAGCCGCAAAACGAUAUACAAACGAAUACCCAGGGUCACGAAACAGCAAUAAAGCGAACACAGGUACAAGCAAAUCAGAGCGGCCACCCAAUAAAAAAUGGGAACUUUGAUAAAAACAAUAUUACGACAAAACAUCAAAAACAGAGCGAUGCAACAAUAUCAUUUCUGCGGGCUGCACGUAGUGGAGAUCUGGGUAAGGUACUGGAAUUCAUUGAUGGUGGCCUUAUCACGAACAUAAACACUUGCAAUGCGAACGGGUUGAAUGCGCUGCAUCUUGCAGCCAAGGAUGGAUUUGUGGAUAUAUGCAACGAGCUACUGAAGCGCGGGAUUAUGGUGGACAGUGCAACAAAAAAAGGAAAUACCGCCCUGCAUAUAGCUUCGUUGGCUGGCCAGCAGCAAGUAAUUAAACAACUAAUUCAAUACAAUGCAAAUGUUAAUGUGCAGUCGCUAAACGGUUUUACACCUUUGUAUAUGGCUGCACAAGAGAAUCAUGACAGCUGUUGCCGUCUACUGCUAAGUAAAGGUGCAAGUCCAUCUCUCGCUACUGAAGAUGGUUUCACGCCCUUGGCCGUCGCCAUGCAACAGGGUCACGACAAAGUGGUCGCCGCUCUUCUUGAAAGCGAUGUUCGUGGUAAAGUGCGUUUGCCGGCCUUGCAUAUUGCAGCGAAAAAGAAUGACGUUAAUGCGGCCACGCUGCUAUUGCAGCAUGAUAAUAACGCCGAUAUUGUAUCCAAGUCAGGUUUCACACCACUUCACAUUGCUGCCCAUUAUGGCAAUGUGGACAUUGCUAGCUUAUUGCUCGAAUGCGGCGCCGAAGUCAAUUAUACGGCAAAACAUAACAUAACGCCGUUGCAUGUUGCCUGUAAAUGGGGCAAGGCGUCGGUAUGUAAACUUUUACUUGCGCACCAAGCCCGAAUCGAUGCCACAACUCGAGAUGGACUUACACCACUGCAUUGUGCGUCACGCUCCGGACAUGUUGAGGUGAUACAGCUUUUACUCUCCCAGCAUGCUCCAAUACUGUCAAAGACUAAGAAUGGACUAUCUGCCCUUCAUAUGUCAGCGCAAGGGGAACAUGACGAGGCAGCCCAUUUGCUACUCGAUUACAAGGCGCCCGUUGAUGAAGUGACCGUUGACUAUUUAACAGCCCUCCAUGUGGCCGCCCACUGUGGCCAUGUUCGAGUGGCCAAAUUAUUGCUGGACUAUGGAGCGAAUCCAAAUUCGCGAGCGCUCAACGGCUUUACGCCCUUGCAUAUUGCCUGCAAGAAAAAUCGCAUGAAGGUUGCCGAAUUGCUGCUUAAGCAUGGCGCCAACAUUCGUGCCACCACUGAGUCCGGUUUAACGCCGUUGCAUGUAGCCAGUUUUAUGGGCUGCAUGAAUAUAGUUAUUUACUUGUUACAACACGAUGCAAGCCCCGAUAUGCCAACGGUACGCGGCGAAAGUCCGCUUCAUUUGGCUGCACGUGCAAAUCAGACUGACAUUAUUCGAAUAUUGCUUCGCAAUGGAGCACAAGUGGAUGCAAUUGCUCGUGAGGGUCAAACGCCGCUGCAUGUCGCAGCUCGUCUGGGUAACAUUGAUAUUAUAAUGCUGAUGUUGCAGCAUGGUGCUCUGGUGAAUGCCUAUACUAAAGAUAUGUAUACUGCUUUGCAUAUUGCUGUGAAGGAGGGUCAGGAGGAAGUGUGCCAGCUUCUAAUUGAAAAUGGGGCACAGCUGGAGUAUGAGACCAAAAAAGGUUUCAGACCAUUGCAUCUGGCCAGCAAGUAUGGUAAGGCAAAGGUGGCCAAUUUGUUGAUUCAAAAAGGUGCCGUCAUUGAUUGUCAAGGUAAAAACGAUGUGACACCUUUGCACGUGGCCACGCACUAUGGUAACCAGCCUGUGGUGUUACUGCUCCUAGAGAAGGGCGCCUCUGCGCAAAUAAGCGCACGCAAUGGACACAGUGCCCUUCAUAUCGCUGCUAAAAAGAAUAACCUAGAGAUUGCGCAGGAGCUAUUGCAGCACGGAGCUGAUGUGGAUGCAACAAGUAAGUCAGGUUUUUCAUCUGUUCAUUUGGCUGCGCAGGAGGGACACGUUGAUAUGGUUCAAUUGCUGCUGGACCAUGGUGCCAAUGCCAACAUUUCAGCCAAAAACGGGUUGACCCCAUUGCACUUGGCUGCUCAGGAGGGACACGUGCAAGUCUCACAGACUUUACUUAAUCACGGAGCUAACAUUUCAGAGCGCACUAAAGCUGGCUAUACAGCUCUUCAUAUUGCUGCUCACUACAACCAAAUAAAUGAAAUUAAAUUUCUUCUCGAAAAUGAUGCGAAUAUUGAAAUGACAACAAAUGUUGGCUACACGCCCCUUCAUCAGGCCGCACAGCAGGGUCAUACAAUGGUAAUCAAUCUACUUCUUCGACAUAAAGCCAACCCCGAUGCGUUAACAAAUAAUGGUCAAACAGCUUUAAAUAUCGCUCAUAACUUGGGCUACGUAACUGCUGUAGAGACUCUUAAAACUGUAACAGAAACAUCCGUAAUUAAAACGGUAACCGGAGUGCUUGAGGAAAAAUACAAAGUUGUUGCACCUGAAUUUAUGCAUGAGACGCUACUUUCCGAUUCUGAAGACGAAGGAGGUGACGAACUUUUGGAUCACAAUCAAUACAAAUAUAUGGCGACCGAUGAUUUAAAGGCCACCAAUGAUCAUGAUAACCAAAAGUUUGACACGACUGACCCGGAGCAAGAUCAAUUGGAUGGUCUAGGUGGCCGAGCUAUUGAAAGAGAAAUAACGAGAACCAGUGAGGCAAUUUUCAAUGCAUCGCCAAUGAAACGGCAGAUUGAUAAUGUGGCUAUCUUACGACCGCCUAUUCAUCUGGGAUUUCUAGUGUCCUUCCUUGUUGACGCACGAGGCGGUUCGAUGCGCGGUUGCCGACACAGUGGAGUUCGAAUAAUUGUGCCACCCAAGGCGUGUUCAGAACCAACCCGCAUAACUUGCCGCUAUGUCAAGCCACAGCGAGUAGUUAAUCCGCCGCCUUUGAUGGAGGGUGAAGCGUUGGUUAGUCGCAUAUUGGAAAUGUCCCCAGUCGAGGGAAAAUUUCUAAGCCCUAUUGUAUUGGAAGUGCCGCACUUUGGAUCACUACGCGACAAAGAACGUGAGGUAAUCAUUUUAAGGUCGGACAAUGGCGAAAGUUGGCGAGAGCAUAGUGUAUAUGAGGACGAAUGUAACUUACUGUACACCUUGAAGGAAACGAUGGAAGCUGAUGUUAAUCCACUGGAAGAUCUACACACAAGUCGUAUCAUACGAAUUGUUACACAAAAUGUCCCACAUUUCUUUGCGGUGGUAUCGCGCGUUCGCCAGGAAGUGCACGCAAUUGGGCCAGAUGGUGGCACUGUAUCAUCUAUUGCUGUGCCCCAAGUACAAUCCAUAUUUCCUCCUCAUGCAUUAACAAAGAAGAUUCGUGUCGGUCUUCAAGCACAGCCAGUGGACUUAAUUGGUUGUUCCAAGCUACUAGGGCAGGGCGUUGCAGUAUCUCCGGUCGUUACCGUCGAGCCACGACGACGCAAAUUUCAUAAGGCCAUCACAUUAAGUAUUCCGGCGCCGAAGUCUUGCAAUCAAGGCAUGGUGAAUACACCAUAUAACGGCACAAAUGGAAAUGUAAAUGCGCCGACUUUACGACUUUUAUGCUCUAUCACAGGUGGGCAAAAUCGUGCUGUUUGGGAGGAUGUAACUGGUUCGACGCCUUUGGCAUUUGUAAAGGAUAGUGUAAGCUUUACAACAACGGUAUCGGCACGUUUUUGGCUAAUGGAUUGCCGCAAUGUUGCGGACGCUGGUCGUAUGGCAACUGAACUUUAUACGUUUAUGGCACAGGUGCCGUUUAUGGUAAAGUUUGUAGUAUUUGCAAAGCAAAUAUCCGCAACCGAAGCAAAAUUAUCUGUCUUCUGCAUGACCGACGAUAAAGAGGAUAAGACGCUCGAACAGCAAGAGUAUUUCAGCGAAGUGGCGAAGAGUCGAGAUGUUGAGGUACUACAAAAUCAAAAUAUUUAUCUUGAAUUUGCGGGAAAUCUCGUGCCGGUGCUGAAAUCGGGCGAACAACUGAAUACAAAGUUUCAAGCAUUUCGCGAAAAUCGUUUAUCUUUCAUAGUAUAUAUCAAGGAUCAAGAGCAGCCACACGCACGCCUUUCCUUUAUGAGCGAGCCGAAAGUGGCGUCGGGUGAGGCGCCAUUGCAGCCAAUUUGUUCGCUGAAUGUGUCACUUGAACCGCAAGAGUUAAGUCAAGAGCAACUGUAUAAGAAUGGUAUGAAUAGUAAUGGAAAUAUGAAUACUGAUCAUGGCCUCAACUACAAAGAUUUAAUCAAUGCCGAAAUAAAAGCCAAUAGAAAGUCGAUAGAGAAUACAGUUAUAAAUCCAAUAAGUCUUUCCUUAGAAGAGGAAAUACAGCGCGCCGACAUACGCUUAUCAGAUAUCUCGAAUCUGCUGGGCGAUGACUGGCCACAGCUGGCUAAAGAAUUGAGUGUACCAGAAACCGACAUCGAUCUAGUUAAAGCUGAAUACGCCAAUGAACCUGUUGCACAACAAGGAUUAGUCAUGCUUCGUCUAUGGCUGAAGCAAGGGGGCAAUCGCGCAACUGGUAAUGCAAUGUCUCAGGCUUUAAACAAAAUAAGACGUGACGACAUUGUAGAACAGUGCAUGUUUAAUUUGGAGCUGGUCACCGAUCAACUGGAGCGUGGCUUGGCCACAGCUAGAAUGCAACAUGAACAUAGCUUGGUGCCCAAUCUAUCGGAUGGCCUAAAUGAAACAUUAAACAUUGAUCAGCUUAGCAAUGAACAUGAUUUGUGUCAAAACAAAGUUCGAUCUAAUAAUGAUAAAUCUUACUCAACACCUCCUUCUACCCCAAUUGAAAUCAACAGCGAGUCGCAGGAUUAUCAGUAUAAUAUUAACAUGUCGAUUCCUAAAAAUUUGCAAGAAAUAAUUGAAGAACCAAAAGUAAUUGAAGCAGAAGUAAAUUUAAUUAAGGCGUUGAACAUGACGGAUAUUGCAAAUAAUCCCCAAUCAUCAGAGGAUAAUCUAUUGCAGACACUGGUGGAUAAAUGCCAGGGACCAGCAACGUGGACCGGCGAUUUGAAUGUUUUGCAAGAAGCAAAUAAUAGCAAAACUAAAAUUAUACACCUAGAUUCAGAGAUGAAGAACAGUUUGUUAAAGAAAAUAUCAGAAGAUUGAAGUACUUGUAACUAGUUUUCAAGUUAUUGGUUUAUUUAUUUAUUUAUGUAUGUGUGUUUUCUCCUUUUAUUUGGCAACAACAACAAACAAAGUUCGUGUAUUAUUUGCGAUACAUAAUACAAAUGUUUCCAAUCUGA